CGGCGAACACUGGUCGCCAUCUUGAGUAAGGGCAAAUCCCAGCUGCUGCGCUCUUUUGACAGCAUCAUAGACCUGAGGAAUGGGGGAAAUCGCGAAUAUGAAGUCUCGCGAUGUUUGCGUAGCAGCUCUUUAGUUAUCGCUGUGUCUGCUGGUGUAGGUUCUCCGUUCCUAGUGUUAAGUCUUUGCAAAAUCUUUCACACGCAGCAGAGCUCCAGGGUCGGCUCGUUAAUCUUGUGCAUCCCCGUCCUGAAACGUAGUUUUAAGACUUUCUUCUUGUCGCUUGCCCUUUAUAGCAUGGGGAAGAUCGGGUUGCAGCUCAAAGCCACUUUGGAGAACAUUACAAACCUCAGGCCGGUGGGGGAGGAUUUUCGAUGGUAUCUGAAGCUGAAGUGUGGUAACUGUGGUGAGGUUACAGACAAAUGGCAAUACUUACGAUUAAUGGACAGCCACCCUCUCAAAGGAGGCAGGGGGAGUGCCACCAUGGUGCAGAAAUGCAAGCUGUGCUCCCGUGAAAAUUCAAUAGAUAUCUUAAGCCAGACAAUGAAGCCUUACAAUGCAGAAGACAAUGAGACGUUUAAGACAAUCGUGGAGUUUGAGUGCCGUGGCCUUGAACCAGUGGACUUCCAACCGCAGGCUGGGUUUGCUGCUGAAGGUGCAGAAUCUGGCACACGUUUCGAUGACAUCAACUUGUUAGAAAAGGACUGGACCGACUAUGAUGAAAAAAUAAAGGAGUCUGUUGGCAUUUAUGAAGUUACCCAUAAGUUUGUAAAAUGCUGAGAUUUAUGUUUCCCCACGGAUCAUUGUCUGUAGAGCUAUGUUGUUCAAAUUGUCUUUGUGGAUCUUAGAAUAAAAGUCCUGUACUUUCUACAGGGUUUGUUUUUCCA